AUGCCUUCAGCUUCCAAGGAAAAGAGACUCGCGAAGAAGGCUGCCGAGGGCAAGCUGGACAAGAAGGGCGGCAAGGCCAGCAAGAAGCAGGAGCCUGAGCUCGAUGCCUUUGGCAACCCCGUCAAGGAUACCGACAGCCCUGCCACUACUGACGACAAGUUGGACGAAGUGAAGCGCCUUGCCGAGCAGAUGGACCAGCACGGCAUCUCAGACCGAGUCACCACGGGUGUGCUGUCUUCUACCCAGCAGAGCAAGGACGUCAAGAUCACCAGUACCUCCCUCGUGUUCCACGGCCGAGUCCUCAUCACCGAUUCGACCAUGGAAUUGUCCUUUGGCCGCCGCUACGGUCUCCUCGGCGAGAACGGUUGCGGAAAGUCCACCCUCCUCAAGGCCAUCGCUGCCAGAGAAUACCCCAUCCCUAGCCACGUCGACAUUUACCUGCUGAACGAGGGCGCUCCUCCCAGUGACCUCGGUGCCCUGGAAUGGGUUGUCAAGGAGGCCGAGAACGAAAUGGAGCGUCUGGACCAGAUGGCAGAGAAACUCCUAGAGGACGAAGGCCCUGAAAGCCCCGUUCUGAUUGACCUUUAUGAUCACAUGGACAAAAUGGACCCCUCUACCUUUUCCACUCGCGCUUCCCUCAUUUUGACUGGUCUCGGUUUCAACAAGAAGACCAUCCACAAGAAGACCAAAGACAUGUCUGGUGGUUGGAGAAUGCGUGUUGCCUUGGCCAAGGCGCUGUUUGUCAAGCCCUCACUUCUCCUCCUUGACGACCCCACCGCUCACUUGGAUCUUGAGGCCUGUGUGUGGCUGGAAGAGUACCUGAAGAAGUGGGAUCGCACCUUGGUUUUGGUGUCCCACUCUAUGGAUUUCUUGAACGGAGUGUGCACCACCAUGAUUGAUAUGCGAGACAAGCAGCUGCUCUACUAUGGUGGUAACUACGACUCUUACGCAAAGACUCGCGAGGAGAACGAGACCAACCAGAUGAAGGCCUACACGAAGCAGCAGGAGGAAAUUGCGCACAUCAAAAAGUUCAUUGCCAGCGCCGGUACCUAUGCCAACUUAGUCCGUCAGGCCAAGUCCCGCCAGAAGAUUCUAGACAAGAUGGAGGCGGAUGGGUUCAUCCAACCCGUUGUCGCCGACAGAGUCUUCACCUUCCGCUUCGCUGAUGUCGAUAAGCUGCCCCCUCCCGUCUUGUCCUUUGACAACGUCACUUUCUCUUACUCUGGCAACCCCGAGGAUGAUCUCUACCGCAACUUGGAUCUCGGCUUCGACAUGGACUCCCGAACCGCCUUGGUCGGUCCCAACGGUGUUGGCAAGUCAACUCUGCUGCGAUUGAUGACUGGCAAGCUCUCUCCUACCCGGGGAUCUGUUACCCGCCACACACACUUGAAGCUUGGCUUGUACUCCCAGCACAGUGCCGAGCAGCUCGAUCUGACCAAGUCUGCCCUGGACUUUGUCCGUGACAAGUACAGCGAGAAGUCUCAAGACUACCAGUACUGGCGCCAGCAGCUCGGCAAAUACGGUCUCACCGGUGAUUCUCAGACGGCCCUGAUGGGUACGCUGUCUGAGGGUCAGAAGAGCCGUAUCGUCUUCGCCUUGCUCGCUAUUGACAGCCCCAACAUGCUGCUGCUUGACGAGCCUACCAACGGUCUCGAUAUCCCCACUAUUGAUAGUUUGGCCGAUGCCAUCAACGCCUUUAGCGGCGGUGUUAUUGUGGUAUCCCACGACUUCAGAUUGCUUGACAAGAUUGCGAAGCAGAUUCUGGUGUGCGAGAACCAGACCAUCCGCCAAUGGGAUAGCAGUAUUGGCGAUUACAAGAACUACCUUCGCAAGAAGAUGAUUUCCGCUGGUGCCGUGUAA